CAUGCUUCAGGUUUUCAAGAAUCUCCAAAGACUAAUCAAGGAAAAGUUCAAAUGAGUUUCUCAAAUGAAGACUAUUGUACUAGUUCCGUUGCAGCAACUGGUGGAUGUCUGUCUUUGCUUAGGAGUUUAUAUCAUGGUAGCCAGCCUCGUGUCGUGCAGAAAAGGACACCUCGUGUUCCUAUUUCAUAUUCAAAUAAAAGAAGUGAAUGGAAAAACCAUGCUUCUGGUAAUAAAAGUUCGAAGAAGUCAGAAUUUCACGUGAGCAGUGAUGAAGUUGCACAUGGUGCCACAUUAGCUUUGGCUGAAGCCUCACAAAGAGGGGGCACUUCCACAACAUCCAUGCCUUGCAAAAUAAAAGAGAACUUGAAAUCCUCAUACGAGGUCAGCGGUGGACGUAAAGGAAGACCAAUCGAACAAUUUGGUUAUGAUCCUAGCUUGAUAGUAGAUAUAGAGUCUGCAAGGACAGUCAAGGCUCACCGCAAGAUGAAGAAACGGUACAGAAAGGAGAAAGUUUUAGAUGAUAAAGACCGGCAGUUUCAUCAAAGUGUCGAUUAUUUAACAGAAAAUAGACCUGAAGCGCCUAUUAUGGAUGGCGUAGGCAGUCUCAGUGUUCCAGAAGGAAAAGUUGAUUCUGAAAUUUCAAAUGCAGAUUGUGAGCUAUCAUUUCCACUAGUUCAGCGAAAGAAAAGCAGGAAGCAGUCACGUGGAGAUGGGAACAUUGCUGUAGAUGCUUUGCAGACCUUAGCUGAUUUGUCUUCCGUGAUGCCAGUUACUGCCAUGGAACCAGGUAAAUAGAUACUUGUUUGUUCUAAUUUAUCAUGGUUUUGGAGUGUGAUAUGAUGGUUUGAUAUUAAUAAUAAAUUUACAUUCUUGGUUGGGCAACUAAAGGUUUGACACAAAGCUUAACAUUAUUGAAUUUGAAAACUAAACCACUCUGGCUAUUCUUAACAUUAUUCAUCCUUUUUUAUGUCAACUAACUUUUUAUAUUCCUCCCAUUUCCCCUAUUUUUCACGUUUCAAAUUUA